UGAGGGGGGCGGAGGUUCCAGGGUGAAGUUGGUGAGGUUGGCGCAUGUGGAUGCAGCAUGCAUGCAGCAUUUGGAUGCAGAACUUCGAAUCGAGUCCAUUCCAACAAAGCCAUUUCCUUUGAGACUUUCUGUACUGAUGCAGCUCGCUUUUCGACGUUUCCUGCGCCUCUGGACCUCCCAACUGUUGUCGCUGUUGGGGCCGCGAGUGUUCCGCCGGGCCGCGCGGAAUGGGCUCGAAAAGAACGGUCUUCGGGCCAAGGAUGGGUCACACUUGAGGUGUGUGCGAUGUCCCAGCACGAUUCGUGGUGGAGUUCGUUCCUGAAUGGUUGCUCUUGCGACCCCUCAGUGCACGAGACUGAUACUUCUGUCCUGUCCAUCGAGAAGCAGAAGCCAUCGCAGGGCGAUGAUCCUGAAACCGAUGAGCCGGCCAUGUUGCCGAUCGCCGCGCAGGAGCCAGAAGACAAGGAACCUGAAGAGAAGGGGAUUGAAGACAAGGAGGAGAUCGUCGAGUUGGUCCGCCCAGAGAUGCUGGAGGAGUGGCGAAGGCAAACCGCCAUGGAGUACAACCGCAUGAUUACCGAGAGCAGGCGUAUGCAUGCGGAGAGCUUCACGCGUGCGGGGCCUGCAAAUCGCUACGGUGAGUUAGGAGAGCUUCCUGCCUUCAAAGAAGGCAGGCAUGUGCCGACCUUGGCGCUGAUUAAUCCUAUGUCUGGUGCAGCUGCUGGGAUGGAUAUUUUGCAGGUGGCCAGGCGUUGCGAUUACUACAAGGAACGAUUCUUCAACAUUAUCGAUGUUGUCAAAGGCCAACAUCGAGGUGGGCUGCUUGAUGUGUUCAGGAUUGAGCUGUGCAAGGCCAAAGCAGAAGCUCAAGAUAUUGGGAUGAGGCCGCGACUGAUUUCAGGUGGCGGAGACGGAACUGGGUCUUUCGCCAUUUUCAUGAUUUUCCUGGCGUUGAAGGCUGAUUCUUCUCGAGCGCAUGAGGGUCUGGAGGACACGGGGAAUGGUUUCAUUUGGACCGACGAAGAGAUGGCAGAGAGUUUUCCAGCCAUCGCGCAGAUGCCUUUAGGCUCUGCGAAUGACUUUGGAAACAUUCUGGGUUGGGGCCAGAAAUAUCCGGGCGACGUGAUGUGCGGCUCUGGCCCCUGCGGUGCACGAGAGGCGGCCUUGUACCAGCUGCAGCGGUGGAUCAGCGCCGUGAUCGAUCCCAAGAGCCGCAUCGUGAACUUCGACGUCUGGGGGUUUAUGCCUCCCAAGGGCUCGGACCAAUGUAACUUCAAGCUCGCUGAACUGACCGGCCAACGAGGGCGGAACCCCAACCGCAAGAUCGAUGGGAAGCAUCAGGUGGUGCUCAAGCAGGCCGGAAAACCUGUGCCGUUCUUUGUGUGCUUGUACUUCUCAGCCGGCAUCGGAGCCUACAUGACGUCGCGCUUCCAGAUCAACCGGCGGAAGACGCCGCUGAGGAAUCGCGCGGAGUACGUGAGACAAUUGCUUGGUAUUGUCUUGGAGUCAAAUCCACCGCAAUUGGCGGGGCGGCUGAACGGCGUCACCAUCGACUGCGAGGAUCGACCGUAUUUCCCUCCUCGUCGGCACCUGGCCAACCAGGGCAGGAAGUAUCGCGAGGUGGGCUUUUACAACAUCAAUUGGCAGGCUCACGGCUUGCAUGGCAAAGACCGCGCUCCUUUGGGCAGCCGGCUUUGUGGCUGCUGCGCCAGUCGACAACCGGUGACCUUCAAUGAUGGGAAGAUCGACAUGUUUCGGUGGAAGUUUGCGUCCUUCUUCAAGAACCCAGGAGUCACAAUGCAGACAGACAAGAAGGAGGACAUGCUCCUGACCUUCAGCGCUGGUGCGGGCAAGGGCGUCUUCUUCCAAUGGGACGGAGAGUCGCGCUUUGCGUUCAACCCCAAGGGCGAGGACUUUCAGAUCUUCAUUCGCAAGGUGUUAAACGUUCCCGUGGUGAUUGGGCCCUGGGUGAACACCGGACUCACUGGGAACUUGGAUAAUGGCGAUCCUGUGAGCUUUUCCUUCUGUGGCCGGACGCCUGAGGAGGUGGCAGCUGUGAAGAGGCGUGCUCUUCAAGCUGUUUCUGGACAUUUAGAUGCCGAGCUGAAUGCCAGCGCUGAGGAGCUCCAAGCUGCGGGCAUGCACUCGACAGGGGGAGGAAUGACCGUUGGAAUGCUAGUCGUCUACUCGUGACUUGCGAACGGGAGAAGGACGAGUCGGGAGAUAUCUUGCCGGAGCUUGGGCGAGAGCUAAAAACCGCUGAGCUGAGAAAGGCGAGUGGAAGCCGCACACGGAUGGUAGAACGCGAUGGAGUCCUGAACCCCCAGUUGGGGUGGUAGACAUGGAC